UGACAAAUGAAAGUUGAUAUGUUCUUUCCUGUACAAAAAUUGUUAUUUUAACUUCUAUAAUCGGCAGCAAUAUUGUAAAACAGGUGUAAAUCAGCCACCUAAGGUAUGGAUGAAAGGUUUCAGAGGCUGCAGAAUUCUGCCGUAGAAGGAGAUGUGGAUGCAUUGUUUUCAAUACUUGUGGAGGAUCCAUACGUUUUGGAGCGUAUUGAUGAGAUACCAUUUGUGACUACUCCCUUACACACAGCCGUAAGCGAGGGAAAUAUCCAUUUCGCCAAGGAAAUGGUAAACUUAAAGCCAUCAUUUGCUUCGAAGCAAGACCAUCUUGGGCGUAGCCCUCUUCAUUUGGCUUUGGAGAGUGGGCACCAGGAACUGGUAACAUGGUUCGUAACUAUCGACCGUGAACUCGUCCGUGUCAAAGCAAUGGGGAUGGUUACUCCUUUGCACUAUGCAGCUAAAAUUGAUGAUGAAACAAACUUGGCUAAUUUUUUGUAUGUUUGUCCAUCGUCAAUAAAAGAUUUGACAGUUAAAUGUGAAACUGCUGUUCAUGUGGCCCUCAAAAACAGGAGUUCUAGAGCUUUAGAAGUCUUGUUAGGAUGGCUUCAACACUUCGACAAGGAAGAGAUCCUAAGAUUGGAGGACGAAGAAGGAAACAAUGCGUUGUGUACUGCAAUAUCUGAAAAUCAACCAGAGAUGGUGAAGGUGUUGAUUAGAUAUAUGGAUGUAAAUAGAAAGAACAGUAAAGGUUCGACAGCUUUGGACGUAUUUCACAAUCACGGAGAUUCGCUGGAUGCAGAAAUUGGGAGAAUUCUACGUCGUGCUAAAGCUAAAAGAGCAUCCCAACACCCCAAUCCUCGGCUUAACCGUACAGAAAAAUUUGAAAGAGAUUUAAUUGAAGCUUUCUUCGGUUUUAAACAUUCACUUGUCGACUACUUAUGUGGGAAAUUAGCAACUACGGAAGUAUUUUUGAAACAUGUUAGGCUUGGGGACCGAAUCAUAAAUAGAGUUCCUCUUGAAGUCCAAAACGUAGUACUUGUGGUGGCUAUAUUGACUGCGACGGCCACCUACCAAGCUUCACUCAGUCCCCCAGGAGGACUUUGGCAAGAUGAAGGCGAGGCGCCAAGAAACAACAACAGUACUGUUUUCAGUAACACCACAACCAACAGCAGCAAGAAUUUUAUAGUUUCAGAACAUCAUGCAGGGCAUACGAUUCAGGGGUCGUUACACCAUUUAAGUUUCUUGCUAUUUAAUACCGUGGCUUUUGCUACGUCUGUGUGCACAAUUCUUACUGUCACAGUUGGGCUCCGCUUUUCCAAAAUCGUUGCCUUAUCCACAACUUUGAUCGUGUGGGCGUAUGGUCUUUCCGUGACAGAAACCACUCCCUUCCGGGCUGGUUCAGUUACAUGGUAUUUGUUUCACACAGUACUCUAUGGAAUUGAAUUGGUAGCAUUUUCUAUACCAUUCAUUUUAUUUGUCCGGGAACGGCUGCCUACAUUUUACGGGCGGGGGCAAGUAAGAAUGGGAAGCUUGGAACAAACCAAGAUGUGAACUCUAAUUACAGUAUUAGCGACAGUAAUAUCAAUGGUGAACUUAUCUUUUUUGUGGUGUGCUGGCUGUUAGAUUCAACUUUAUCUAUUGAAAAUGCAUAUCCUUAUAUUGUAUGGUUUGUUUAGGUUUUGUUUUGUAAGGUUGGGUUUUAAUAGAUGUCAAACUUGGGAAAAUCUAGAA